GCUGCCCGGUCUCAGCCCGGUGACCGCGGCCCCUGCUCGCCAUGCCUCGCUUCGGGGACGACGGCCCCGGCCGUUACGGGCCCGGCGGCGGCGGCAGCGGCCCCGGGGCGGCGGCGGGGCCCAGGGGGGCGGGGGGGCCCCGGCCCGGGGGUCCCCCCGGGGCUCAGAGGAUGUACAAGCAGUCGAUGGCCCAACGGGCGCGAACUAUGGCCCUCUACAACCCCAUCCCCGUGCGCCAGAACUGCCUGACGGUCAACCGCUCCCUCUUCCUCUUCAGCGAGGACAACGUGGUGAGGAAAUACGCCAAAAAGAUCACCGAAUGGCCUCCUUUUGAGUACAUGAUUUUAGCCACCAUCAUCGCCAACUGCAUCGUCCUGGCGCUGGAGCAGCACCUGCCCGACGAGGACAAGACGCCCAUGUCCGAGCGGCUGGAUGACACGGAGCCGUACUUCAUCGGCAUCUUCUGCUUCGAGGCGGGGAUCAAGAUCAUCGCGUUGGGCUUCGCCUUCCACAAAGGCUCCUACUUGCGCAACGGUUGGAACGUCAUGGACUUCGUGGUCGUCCUCACCGGCAUCCUCUCCACCGUGGGCUCCCAGUUCGACCUGCGGACGCUGCGAGCCGUGCGCGUACUCCGGCCCCUCAAGCUGGUGUCGGGGAUCCCCAGUCUGCAGGUGGUCCUCAAGUCCAUCAUGAAGGCGAUGAUCCCACUGCUGCAGAUCGGGCUCCUGCUCUUCUUCGCCAUCCUCAUCUUCGCCAUCAUCGGCCUCGAGUUCUACAUGGGCAAAUUCCACACCACCUGCUUCGACCUGGUCACCGAUGAGAUCAAGGUGGAGGUGCCGUGCGGGACGGAUGAGCCGGCGCGGAUCUGCCCCAACGGCACCAAAUGCAAGAAGUACUGGGAGGGCCCCAACUAUGGCAUCACCCAAUUCGACAACAUCCUCUUCGCCGUCCUCACCGUCUUCCAGUGCAUCACCAUGGAAGGGUGGACAGACCUCCUCUACUAUAGCAACGACGCCUCAGGGAACACUUGGAAUUGGCUCUACUUCAUCCCCCUCAUCAUCAUCGGCUCCUUUUUUAUGCUCAACCUCGUGCUGGGGGUGCUCUCCGGGGAGUUUGCCAAAGAGCGGGAACGGGUGGAAAAUCGCCGGGCGUUCCUCAAGCUGCGGCGCCAGCAGCAAAUCGAGAGGGAACUCAACGGGUACAUGGAGUGGAUCUCCAAAGCGGAAGAAGUGAUCCUGGCGGAGGAUGAGCCCGAGGGGGACCCCCGGCGCCCCUUCGAUGCGCUCCGGAGGGCAACCGGCAAGAAGAGCAAAACGGAGCUGCUGAGCCCGGAGGAGGGAGAGGAGCAGCUCGGAGACAUCGCAGCCCUCGGCUCCCCCUUCGCCCGCGCCAGCCUCAAAAGUGCCAAGCUGGAGAACGCCUCCUUCUUCCACAAACGGGAGCGCAGGAUGCGCUUCCACAUCCGCCGCGUGGUCAAAACUCAGGCCUUCUACUGGACCGUGCUCAGCCUGGUGGCGCUCAACACGCUCUGCGUCGCCAUCGUCCACUACAACCAGCCCGACUGGCUCUCCGACUUCCUCUACUAUGCAGAAUUCAUUUUCUUGGGACUCUUUAUGUCCGAAAUGUUUAUAAAAAUGUACGGGCUGGGGACGCGGCCGUAUUUCCACUCAUCCUUCAACUGCUUCGACUGCGCCGUUAUCAUCGGAAGCAUCUUCGAGGUGAUCUGGGCUGUUGUGAAGCCAGGAACAUCCUUCGGGAUCAGCGUGCUCCGAGCUCUCAGGUUACUGCGCAUUUUCAAAGUCACAAAGUACUGGGCUUCCCUGCGGAACUUGGUCGUCUCCCUCCUGAACUCCAUGAAGUCCAUCAUCAGCCUCCUCUUCCUCCUCUUCCUCUUCAUCGUCGUCUUCGCCCUUUUGGGGAUGCAGCUUUUUGGGGGACAGUUCAAUUUUGAUGAUGGGACCCCCCCCACCAACUUCGACACUUUCCCAGCAGCAAUAAUGACGGUGUUUCAGAUCCUGACAGGCGAAGACUGGAAUGCAGUGAUGUAUGACGGGAUCAAAUCUCAGGGCGGCGUCAAGGGGGGGAUGGUCUUCUCCGUCUACUUCAUUGUCCUCACCCUCUUCGGCAACUACACCCUCCUCAACGUCUUCUUGGCCAUCGCGGUGGACAACCUGGCCAACGCGCAGGAGCUCACCAAGGACGAGCAGGAGGAGGAAGAAGCCGCCAACCAGAAACUGGCGCUGCAGAAGGCGAAGGAGGUGGCUGAAGUCAGUCCGCUUUCCGCAGCCAACAUGUCCGUCACCUUGAAGGAGCAGCAGAAGAACCAGAAGGCCUCCAAGUCGGUGUGGGAGCAGCGGACGAGCGAGCUGCGGAAGCAGAACCUGCUGGCGAGCCGCGAGGCGCUCUACAGCGAGCUCGACCCCGAGGAGCGCUGGAAGGUGCCGUACGCCCGCCACCUGCGCCCCGACAUCAAAACCCACCUGGACCGCCCGCUGGUCGUCGACCCCCAGGAGAACCGCAACAACAACACCAACAAGACGCGUCCCGGCGAGCCGGACCCGCGCUUCGGCCAGCCUCGUGCCGACGAGCUGCGCCGGCCGCUGCGCUACCCGGAGCCCGGCGUUCCCCGCCCCGGGGAGCCCGUGGGCCACCGGCCGCGCAGCAGCAGCCGUGAGCCCGAGCAGGAGCCCAGCCAGGAGCGCGGUGACGCCGAGCGCCUCAAAGCCCUCGAACGGCGGCACCGCUCGGGCGGCAGCCGUGAGGGCCGCACCGGUUCGCCCCAAGCCGAGCGUGAGCACCGGCGGCACCGGGCACACCGGAGGGUCGCUGAGGAGGGCGAGGAGGGCGGGAGGCCCGAGCGGCGGCCGCGGCACCGGGAAGGCGGGCGGCCGGCGCGGGGCGAGGGCGAUGCAGAGCAUGGCGAUGGUGAGCGGCGGCGGCGGCAUCGGCACGGCACGCCGGGCGCCUACGAUGGCGAGGGCAGGCGGGACGACAAGGAGAGGCGGCACCGGCGGCGGAGGGACCCCCAGCCCCCCGGGGCACCGGCGGGCCCCACGCUCUCCACCACGCGCCCCAUCCAACAGGACGUGGGGCGCCGCGACCCCCCCCGUGGCCGAGGCCAUCGACAACAUCAAGAACAACAAACUGGCCACGGGGGAGCCCCCUGCGCCCCCCUCCAUGGGCAACCACACCGCCUGCCCCCCCGGAGGCCCCCCCCGACCCCCAACCCGGGGAUCCCCAAUGAGCCCAGCAAGGGGGGGGUGAAGCCGGAGCACACGGCGGUGGAGAUCCCCCCCCCGCUGCCCCCGCCCCCCCCUGGAGCCCUGGUCCAAGUGAACAGGAACGCGAAUCCGGAGCCGCUGCCGCGGAAAGAGGAGGAGGAGAAGAAGGAGGAAGGAGAGGAGGGGGAGGAGAACGGCCCCAAGCCCAUGGUGCCCUACAGCUCCAUGUUCAUCCUCUCCACCACCAACCCGUUCCGCCGUCUGUGCCACUACAUCGUGAACCUGCGCUACUUCGAGAUGUGCAUUCUGCUCGUCAUCGCCAUGAGCAGCAUCGCCCUCGCCGCCGAGGACCCCGUGCAGCCCAACGCCCCCCGCAACAACGUCCUGCGCUACUUCGACUACGUCUUCACGGGGGUCUUCACUUUCGAGAUGGUGAUCAAGAUGGUGGAUUUGGGGCUGGUGCUUCACCAAGGUGCCUAUUUCCGCGACCUCUGGAACAUCCUGGACUUCAUCGUGGUCAGCGGAGCGCUCGUCGCCUUCGCCUUCACUGGCAGCAGCAAAGGCAAAGACAUCAACACCAUCAAGUCUCUCCGUGUCCUCCGCGUCCUCCGGCCCCUCAAGACCAUCAAGAGGUUGCCCAAGCUCAAGGCCGUCUUUGACUGUGUGGUGAACUCCCUGAAGAACGUCCUCAACAUCCUCAUCGUCUACAUGCUCUUCAUGUUCAUCUUCGCCGUGGUGGCCGUCCAACUCUUCAAGGGCAAAUUCUUCUACUGCACCGAUGAGUCCAAGGAGUUUGAGAAGGACUGCAGGGGCGAGUACCUCGUCUACGAGAAGGACAACGAGGUGAAGGCGCAAAGGCGGGAGUGGAAGAAGUUUGAGUUCCACUAUGACAACGUCCUCUGGGCACUGCUCACCCUCUUCACCGUCUCCACCGGCGAGGGGUGGCCGCAGGUCCUCAAGCACUCGGUGGAUGCCACCUACGAGAACCAGGGUCCGAGCCCCGGCUACCGCAUGGAGAUGUCCAUCUUCUACGUCGUCUACUUUGUUGUCUUCCCCUUCUUCUUUGUCAACAUCUUUGUGGCCUUGAUCAUCAUCACCUUCCAGGAACAGGGAGACAAGAUGAUGGAAGAGUACAGCCUGGAGAAGAACGAGAGAGCCUGCAUCGACUUCGCCAUCAGCGCCAAACCCCUGACGCGGCACAUGCCACAGAACCGGCAAAGCUUCCAGUACCGCAUGUGGCAGUUCGUGGUGUCGCCGCCCUUCGAGUACACCAUCAUGGCCAUGAUCGCCCUCAACACCAUCGUCCUCAUGAUGAAGUUCUACGACGCUUCGGACACCUACGAGUACGUCCUCAAGAUGUUCAACAACGUCUUCACCUCCCUUUUCUCCCUCGAGUGUCUCCUGAAGAUCAUGGCCUUCGGCGUCCUGAAUUAUUUCCGCGAUGCCUGGAACAUCUUCGACUUCGUGACGGUUCUGGGCAGCAUCACGGACAUCCUGGUGACGGAAUUUGGGAACAACUUCAUCAACCUCAGCUUCCUGCGGCUCUUCCGCGCCGCGCGGCUCAUCAAGCUGCUGCGCCAGGGCUACACCAUCCGCAUCCUGCUCUGGACCUUCGUCCAGUCUUUCAAGGCGCUGCCCUACGUCUGCCUGCUCAUCGCCAUGCUCUUCUUCAUCUACGCCAUCAUCGGGAUGCAGGUCUUCGGUAACAUCGGCAUCGAGGAGGAGGACGACGAGUCGGCCAUCACCCAGCACAACAACUUCCGCACCUUCUUCCAGGCCCUCAUGCUGCUCUUCCGGAGCGCCACGGGCGAGGCGUGGCACGAGAUCAUGCUGUCCUGCCUGAGCGGGAAGCCGUGCGACCAGAACUCGGGCAUUAAGGAGGACGAAUGCGGUAACGAGUUCGCCUACUUCUACUUCGUCUCCUUCAUCUUCCUCUGCUCCUUCUUGAUGCUGAACCUCUUUGUCGCUGUCAUCAUGGACAACUUUGAGUACCUGACGCGCGACUCCUCCAUCUUGGGCCCACACCACCUGGAUGAGUACGUCCGCGUCUGGGCAGAAUACGACCCCGCCGCCUGGGGCCGCCUGACACUCAUGGACAUGUAUGAAAUGCUGAGGCACAUGUCCCCACCCCUGGGUUUAGGCAAGAAAUGCCCACCCCGUGUUGCUUAUAAGCGGCUGCUCCGCAUGGAUCUGCCCGUGGCCGACGACAACACCGUGCACUUCAAUUCCACCCUCAUGGCCCUGAUCCGCACCGCGCUCGACAUCAAGAUCGCCAAAGGUGGAGCAGACAAACAGCAGAUGGAUGCCGAGCUGCGCAAGGAGAUGAUUGCCAUCUGGCCCAACCUGUCCCCCAAAAACCUGGACCUGCUUGUCACCCCCCACAAGUCCACCGACCUGACGGUGGGGAAGAUCUAUGCCGCGAUGAUGAUCAUGGAGUACUACAGGCAGAGCAAGGCCAAGAAGCUGCAGGCCAUGCGGGAGGAGCAGAACCGGACACCACUGAUGUUCCAGCGCAUGGAGCCACCGUCGCCCACACAGGAGGGGACACCAGGGCCGGACGCGGGGACGUCGGCCGAGCCGGGCACGGGGCUGGCGGUGCGGGACGGAGGCCUGAAGGAGAGCGAGUCCUGGGUCACCCAGCGCGCCCAGGAGAUGUUCCAGAAGACGGGGACCUGGAGCCCUGAGCGGGGACACCCUGAGGACAUGCCCAACAGCCGCCCCAACUCCCAGCUGGUGGAGAUGCGUGAGAUGGCCAAGGACGGCUACUCUGACAGUGACUACUUGCCCAUGGAGGGCCACGGCCGUGCCGCCUCCAUGCCGCGGCUCCCAGCUGAAAACCAGCGGAGGAAGGUCCGAUCCCGCGGGAAUAACCUCAGUGCCGAUGGAUGGAGGCAUGAAGAGACACAAACAGGCCGGCGCACGCAGACCAUCUCGGACUCCAGCCCCAUGAAGCGCUCGGCCUCCAUGCUGGGCCACCCGCGCGCCCGGGGCGUCCGCCUGGACGACUACUCGCUGGAGCGCGUCACCCCCGAGGACGGGCAGCGGCACCACCAGCGCCGGCGCGACCGUGGCCACCGCUCUGAGCGCUCCCUCAGCCGCUACACAGAUGUGGACACAGGGCUGGGCACGGACCUCAGCGUCACCACGCAGUCGGGGGACGCCCCCCCCAAGGACCGGGACCCCGAGCGCGGGCGCCCCAAGGACCGCAAACACCGGCACCACCACCACCACCACCAUCACCACCACCACGGCGCGGGGGGGGACCGGGAGCGCUGCCCACCCCCCGAGCGCCCCGACUACGGGCGCCCCCGCGACCGACGCUGGUCCCGCUCGCCCAGUGAGGGCCGCGACCACACCGCCCCCCGACAGGGCAGCAGCUCUGUCAGCGCCUCCCCCGCGCCCUCCACCUCCGGGACGAGCACCCCCCGCCGCGCGCGCCGACAGCUGCCGCCGACCCCCCCCCACUCCGCGGCCGCGCGUGUCUUACGCGUCCCCCGGGCCCCGCCGCGCGCCCCCCCCCCGCCGCGCCGCCUCCCCCCGCGCGGGGCCCGCGCCGCCCCCCCCGCCCCGGCACCACCCCGAGGCCCCCCCCCCGCUCGACGGGCGCGGCCCCCGCGGCCCCCCCCGGCCCGGAGCCGGCGGAGGUUGCCCAACGGCUACUACGCGGGGCACGGGAGUGGCAAAGGGCGGCCGGGGCUCCGCGAUCCCUACAGCGAGACGGACGAUGACUGCUGCUAG